AUGUCCGAUCAUAUGGCUUUCUCGCAGAGCUGCAAACCUGGAUGCAUUUGCGAAGGGAUGACACUGAAAGACAGUCCCUCGAUUCCUGUAGAUGUUGCUUUAUCCGAGCUUGAUGAAUUUCGCCAAAUGGGAGAGCUAAAUUUGCCCAGCUCAGAAGAAAUUUGCGAUCCGAUUGUUGACAAAAGCGCGUACAAUAUAACAAUUAUGGCGCUUCUUGGCGUUCUUACAUCUUUCUUUGCUGUCAUCAGCUACGGCUUUUAUAAGCGAAACUCUAUGAACCCAGCUUCGGGAAAGCUGCGCCAAGUUAAGAAGAAAAAAUCUUGCGACGUGAAGUCUUCCUUGACUGCAACUGCUAUUCAUGCGGCGAUGACGUCUUCCACGAUUGCCGAUAUGAGCGGAGAGCCACAGAAAAAAGUUGCGAGCGAUUCAAAAGAAGACGAUGAGUUUGUACAAGUAACGAGCCAUGUAAAUAACAGAUCACAUCAUUCAACUGCAACUAACUCAUGA